UACAAUGCGUCCUGAUCGAGUUCAACCGUUAGAGCACUAUCCUGGUCCAUAUGGAGCUCGGUGGAAUGUUCAAUUAGAUCUACAUAGAGUAGCGAGACAUGUUGUGUCCAUAUUUCGAGAUCAGUUGACAGGCCUACGUGAGUUUCAGUUCAUAUGGCGGCCAUAUUCGGAGGAUGUGCUUGCUUCUCUGCCUGCAUAUUGUACAGUAGGACGCGCUAUUUGGAGAUCUGUCACAUAUCUAAUAUGUUGGGGAGUUGUCGAGCCACAUCUUCCGUAUCGCGUCAUGAGACAGUUUGGAUAUCAUCAGUCCGUGCCUGAUAUGAGAUUGACCGAAAAUCAAGCAGCACUACAUUCUUUGGAUCGUCGUGGCAAGGGGAAUCAGAACUGGAUAACUACACAUGGAGCAUACAUUGAUGUGUGGACUGAUCGUCAUUCUCAUGUGGAAGACGGUGUUGUAGCUGAAGAUCCUAGAUAUCCGUCCGAUGAGUAUCGUCAGUGGUAUCGCGAGCGGACAGUGCUGUAUGUUUCAAAUCCUACUAGGCAGCUCACUUUUCCGGAGGGCUUUCAAGGUGAUAGCGCCAGAGCAACAUAUCUGAUGGAUGCUAUGACUCAGGUGUAUUACAUGGCAGAGACCUCUGUAACACAGAGUGACGAACAGCAUGCUAAUUAUUUUAAUGCAAUGAAGGACUUUGCAUCCAUGACAUUGGAAAGUGUAGGGGAGUCUUCCCGACUUGCAUUUCGCCCUCCACGAGUGCCACAGCAAAUUCCACAGCCUCUAGACCCGCGUCGCGUUGAAAGAGCUCCUAGGAAUGUUCACGGAGGCCAGCAUGGUGGUGGACGGCGUCGUAGAUUCCGAUCACCAGAACCCACCGUCCAAACUGGAUUUGCUACUAGCUCACAGGCUACUGAGCAUGCAUGCACCUCUACGGGACGUAUUGCUCAUUCUAGGUCCCCAGUGUCUAUGGCGGAGUUCACGGCCAAUACAGACUUACAUCACGGCACUGGUGAACAACGUGUGGGAGGUAUAGAUGCAGGCCACGGUACCCAAGCACUGGAUGCUAGACUUGAGUCACAAAUUACUCAAGUCGAUAUAGUGAUGCCAGCCCAGCCACGUCGAACACAAAGAGUACACAAACCUCGAGGAUGUGGCACUCAUGGAAAACUUGGACAUCACUGAUAUUCAAAACUCUAUUUGUGUGAUUGUGUUAUUCAAUAUUAUUCUAAGUGUAGGAGAGGAAAAUGUGAUACCUAUGUUGUAGUAGUUUUAUGAUACCAAUGUGGACAAGUUGUUGGAAGUAUUGUUUAGAUGAAAUGGAGUGGUCUAUUUUGGAAUUGCUGGCAGGGAGUUUAGUCCACU